AUGGCUCACUGGCACAUCCUGGCCUUGGCCCUGUGCUCCUGCCUCGGGGGAGCCUGGGCUGCGACCCUGGGUGUGGUGUACACCGAGGGAGGAUUUGUGAAAGGUGAGAAUAAGAAACUGGGACUCUUUGGGAGCUACGUUGACAUCUUCAGAGGGAUUCCCUUUGCUGCCCCCACCAAGACUCUGCGAGACCCUGAACCUCAUCCUGGCUGGGAUGGAACACUGGAAGCAAAAGAAUUCAAACCACGCUGCAUGCAGAUGAAGCUGACACAGACUGAUGUGCGUGGGAGUGAGGACUGUCUCUACCUGAACAUCUGGAUCCCUCAGGGGAGGAGACAGAUCUCUACCAACCUGCCGGUGAUGGUUUAUAUUUACGGCGGCGCUUUCCUGGUCGGAGGCAGCCAGGGAGCCAAUUUCCUGGACAACUACCUGUACGAUGGGGAGGAGAUCGCCGUGCGGGGCAACGUCAUCGUGGUGACCGUCAACUACCGCCUGGGGCCGCUGGGCUUCCUGAGCACCGGGGACGAAAACCUGCCAGGGAACUACGGGCUCAAGGACCAGCACAUGGCCAUUGCCUGGGUGAAGAGGAACAUCAAGGCCUUUGGAGGUGACCCCGACAACAUCACCAUCUUUGGGGAGUCGGCCGGUGCCACCAGUGUCUCCCUGCAGACGCUGUCCCCAAAGAACAAGGGUCUGUUCAAGAGAGCCAUCAGCCAGAGCGGUGUUGCGCUUUGCAGCUGGGCCAUCCAGAGGGACCCACUCCUCUGGGCCAAAAAGCUUGGAGAAAAGGUGGGCUGCUUUACACACAACACCACCAUCCUGGCCAACUGCCUGCGCAGCUCUGACCCCAAAACCUUGACCCUGGCCUAUCACCUGCAGCUCACCAACCUGCCCAUGCCCCUGGUGCACACCCUCGCCCUGUCUCCUGUGGUCGAUGGGGAUUUCCUCCCAGAUGUGCCAGAGAACCUCUUUGCCAACGCUGCCGACAUCGACUACGUGGCUGGGGUCAAUGACAUGGACGGGCACUUCUUUGCCGGUGUGGAUUUACCGGCCAUCAACCGCCCGCUGGUGAAAGUCACUGCGGAUGAGGUGUACAAAUUGGUCGAAGGCCUCACCGUGGACAGAGGCGAGGCUGGAGCCAACGCCACCUACAACAUCUACACACAGAGCUGGGGUGACAAACCCUCGCAGGAGGAUGUGAAGAAGACGGUGGUGCAGCUGAUGACUGACUACAUCUUCCUGAUCCCCACACAGAAGACACUGGACAUGCAUCUGCAGAAUGCCAAGAGUGGCAAGACCUACAGCUACGUGUUCUCCGAGCCGUCCCGCAUGCCCGUCUACCCCAGCUGGGUCGGGGCAGACCAUGCUGAUGACCUGCAGUACGUGUUUGGGAAGCCCUUUGCCACCCCUCUGGGCUACUGGCCCAAGCACAGGACUGUCUCAAAGGCCAUGAUUGCUUACUGGACCAAUUUUGCCAGGACUGGUGAUCCCAACAAAGGGAAUUCAGACGUGCCCGUUUCCUGGCCAGCCUACACCAAUGAGGGCAAGUACUACCUGGAUAUCAACCACGACAUAGGCAAGAAGUCUGUGAAACAGGACCUGAGAUCUGAGUAUGUCUCCUUCUGGAACACAGACUAUCUGCAGCUGCCACAGGUUGCCAACAUCUCCCAGGCGGAGUUGCUGUUCUGA